UUUGUUUUGCCUAAAUCAUGAUUCUGUCAUUACAGUUCUGCCACGGUUACUGAUUUAGGAGUAAUAAGUACUGUAGUAUACCGUAGUCUGUAUGUUUAAAUUGAAGCAUUGCCAAUGAAUUUAUUCAAUAAUUUGACUGGGAAACAACACGGUGGAUAUAGUCGUCUACAGAAUGGGGGAAAAGCUACUGCUGCUUUCAAAACUGCAGCUGACUGUUCUACAUUCCUAUUAUUAUUCACUGUGCUGAUUUUUUGUGUUCUGAAAUUUUUGUUUGGAGACAUAAAAUAUGUGUUAGUUCCAUUCCUUCUCAUAUUUUUCUUGGGCUUGUUGUACAAAUUACAAGACAGGCUGCUGUAUCAUCCAGAAAUGCCAGCGAAUUCAUCACUUUAUGUUCCAUUCCCAUCUCAUCUUCCCCAUGAAAUUUUACGAUUGAAAACUGAAGAUGGAGAAGGACUGCAUGGAUAUUUUAUCAAAAAACAAGAAAAUGGAUCCACCUCUCCAACCGUUCUAUACUUUCAUGGAAACGCAGGGAAUGCUGGAUCACCAUGCACUCUCCCUCUUAAUACCAUUUGUGGAUGUAACGUGUUAGUAGUUGACUACAGGGGGUAUGGAAAAAGUACAGGUUGCCCCAGCGAAGAAGGACUUUAUAUCGAUGGAAAAACUUGUAUUGAAUAUUUGCGAACCAGAAGCGACGUCGAUCCAAACAAAAUUAUACUUUUUGGUCAUUCAAUGGGAGGAGCUAUAGCUAUCCACCUCGCGGCUAUGGCUCAUGGUGAAGAAUAUAGAAUUGCUGCCUUGAUUGUUGAAAAUACGUUCACGAGUAUACCAGAUGCAGCACAACAUGUUUUUAGAGGGAUUUUACCUGGUAUUUCAAAGCUUCCUAUUGUUUGUUAUAAAAAUAAGUUUAUGUCAAUUGAUAAGAUUGCGAAAGUUAAUGUGCCAAUUUUAUUUAUCUGCGGUGAUAAGGAUGAAAUUUUAGAUCCAAAUAUGACAAGGAUUUUGCGCAAUGCUUCUGAUAAUUCCCACACAAUUUUUGUUAGAGUUCCGAAAGGCUCACAUAAUGAUACAUGGUGUGUGAGUCACUCAUAUUAUAAGUGUGUUUCUGCUUUCCUUGCUAAAGUUUUUAAUGAAGAUAUUGUUUUGCAAAAUAGGAGUACCGAACAAGCUUCGAUGGAAGAUAUAUUAAUUGAUAAACCUACUUCUGAAUUGGUACUGACAUGGAAAUCUGAAAUUAUUGCGACUUAAUUGGUUGUGCAACUAAUUUUUUUCAUUGUGAUGAUGGUAGAAUAUAUUGUGAAUUUUUAUGGGUUCCAAAUAUAAGUUGGUUACAAAUUUCCCCAAAUCCUGAGUUCAUUAACAUACGUAUCCUAUUAGUUGCGAGACUAAACAAUGUUGACUGGUACAAAAAUAUACAUCAGAGCCGAUCUAAUUUUGCUGCUUGCUUUUUUCGUGUUUUACUCGCCCAAAAUAUAUCCACACAUAGUGCGUACUUGAGAUUAGAUCCCCUUAGUUUACUGUGCCUUGUGUUAUCGAUUUUCUUUGUAAGAAGAUUUUUUUUAUUAUUUGCAUUUCACUUGCACUUGUGAUAUAUAUAUACAAUUGGUUGAUUACAUUAUGGAGCUGAUGAACUCGGAUUUUACUUUAACUUCUAAAUAGCCUAACCACAAAGAUGCCACAACUCUUAAGUCAGGUUCUGUUACCUGAUGAUGAGAACUGAGAUGUUAACCACUAGAAAUGGGCUAUUGUACUUUUUAAUUCACACAUAUUAUAGAUUGUAGAAAUUAUACAUUACAGUGCACUUAAAAAUAUAUAUGUAUGUGGAUCCGAUUGAAAUUGUUUUCGACAAAUCGUAUGUUGCUAAAAAAAAUGAAUCUUUGACAUGUCGGCUAUCUGCAAGCAAUGAUCAAAUUUUAUAUGACAGUGCUUUUACGAAUUUUGGUCAUUUUUCAAUGUUCAUUAUAAAACUAAUUGUUUUUGCUGUUCUUAAACUUCAUACAAAACAUUUGCUUCCUAGUGAGUAAAAUCUUGUAAAUAAUUUUCAAUCAAUUGAAUAACAAAGGUGAUGGUAUUUAUAAUAAACAAACUUUUUUCUUAGUUGCUUUUUUAGCAACAGGCAUUCCGAGAAAGUCCUAAUUAUUUAGUAUCUGACAAAUAUGCCAGUACUUUUAAAUUAAAAUAAGGAAUGUAAUGAGUGUGUAAGUAAUGUGGGCCAGUAUUUCGAAAAUUUUCACUGAUCUAAUGUUUGAGAUUAUUGAACUUGUCUCUGCAAGCCUAAAAAACUGAAUAAUAUACACUCAUAAUGGGUUCAGUAAGCUUAUAAAA